UUUCCUCAAAGCCGCUUCCCUCCUGGGGCAGAGUCUCGGUCACAAACAACCACCACCAGCCCACCCCGCCCCUCCUUCCCUCUUCACUGUGAGCUCAGAGCAGCAGGACAAAGUGCUCGGGACAAGGACAGAAGGCUGAGAGUAGCCAUGGGCUCUGGAGGAGAGAGCCUCCGGGGGGGCCGGGCUUCCCAGCCUCUGCUGCUCCUGCUCAUCAUGGGAGGCAUGGCUCAGGACUUCCCGCCCCAGAUCCUAGUCCACCCCCAGGACCAGCUGUUCCAGGGCCCUGGCCCUGCCAGGAUGAGCUGCCGAGCCUCGGGCCAGCCACCUCCCACCAUCCGCUGGCUGCUGAAUGGGCAGCCCCUGAGCAUGGUGCCCCCAGACCCACACCACCUCCUGCCUGAUGGGACCCUUCUGCUGCUGCAGCCCCCUGCCCGGGGACAUGCCCACGAUGGCCAGGCCCUGUCCACAGACCUUGGUGUCUACACAUGUGAAGCCAGCAACCGGCUGGGCACGGCAGUCAGCAGAGGCGCUCGGCUCUCUGUGGCUGUCCUCCGGGAGGAUUUCCAGAUCCAGCCUCGGGACAUGGUAGCUAUGGUGGGUGAGCAGUUAACUCUGGAAUGUGGGCCGCCCUGGGGCCACCCGGAGCCCACAGUCUCAUGGUGGAAAGAUGGGAACCCCCUGGUCCUCCAGCCCGGAAGGCACACAGUGUCCGGGGGGUCCCUGCUGAUGGCAAGAGCAGAGAAGAGUGACGCAGGGGCCUACAUGUGUGUGGCCACCAACAGCGCAGGACACAGGGAGAGCCGCGCAGCCCGGGUGUCCAUCCAGGAGCCCGAGGACUACACAGAGCCUGUGGAGCUUUUGGCUGUGCGAAUUCAGCUGGAAAAUGUGACACUGCUGAACCCGGGCCCCGCAAAGGGCCCCAAGCCUGGACCGGCUGUGUGGCUCAGCUGGAAGGUGAGCGGUCCUGCUGCACCUGCCCAAUCUUACACGGCCUUGUUCAGGACCCAGACUGCCCCGGGAGGCCAGGGAGCUCCGUGGGCAGAGGAGCUGCUGGGCGGCUGGCAGAGCGCAGAGCUUGGAGGCCUCCACUGGGGCCAAGACUAUGAGUUCAAAGUGAGACCAUCCUCCGGCCGGGCUCGAGGCCCUGACAGCAACGUGCUGCUCCUGAGGCUGCCGGAAAAAGAGUUCUGCAUACCCUUGCUCUGCGCACUGAGAAAGGUACCUGGGCAGCGAAGCAAAGAAAACCUUCUUUGGCUGAGCAAGGACCCACUGUCUGCCAGACCCUGCCAAGCACUUGACCUCCCUGAUCCUGUUUCACCUCACAGUCCACCCUGGGGUAUUAUCCCCAACGUCUGGAGCCUGGGCAACACGUCACUGCCCCCAGCCAACUGGACUGUAGUUGGUGAGCAGACCCAGCUGGAAAUCGCCACCCGCAUGCCAGGUUCCUACUGUGUGCAAGUGGCUGCAGUCACUGGUGCUGGAGCUGGGGAACCCAGUAGCCCUGUCUGCCUCCUUUUAGAGCAGGCCAUGGAGCGAGCCACCCGAGAACCCACUGAGCAUGGUCCCUGGACCCUGGAGCAGCUGAGGGCCACCUUGAAGCGGCCUGAGGUCAUUGCCACCUGUGGUGUUGUGCUCUGGCUGCUGCUUCUGGGUACCGCUGUGUGUAUCCACCGCCGGCGCCAAGCUGGGGUGCACCUGGGCCCAGGUCUGUACAGAUAUACCAGUAAGGACGCCAUCCUAAAACACAGGAUGGAUCACAGUGACUCCCAGUGGUUGGCAGACACUUGGCGUUCCACCUCUGGCUCUCGGGACUUGAGCAGCAGCAGCAGCCUCAGCAGUAGGCUGGGGGCGGACUCCCGGGACCCGCUAGACUGUCAUCGCUCCUUGCUCUCCUGGGACUCCCGAAGCCCUGGCGUGCCCCUGCUUCCAGAUACCAGCACUUUUUAUGGCUCCCUCAUCGCUGAGCUGCCCUCCAGUCCCCCAGCCAGGCCAAGUCCCCAGGUCCCAGCGGUCAGGCGCCUACCACCCCAGCUGGCCCGGCUCUCCAGCCCCUGUUCCAGCUCAGACAGCCUCUGCAGCCGCAGGGGACUCUCUUCUCCACGCUUGUCUCUGGCCCCUACAGAGGCUUGGAAGGCCAAAAAGAAGCAGGAGCUGCAGCAUGUCAACAGUUCCCCACUGCUCCGGGGGAGCCAACCCUUGGAGCUCCGGGCCUGUGAGUUGGGAAAUAGAGGUUCCAAGAACCUUUCCCAAAGCCCAGGAGCUGUGCCCCAAGCUCUGGUUGCUUGGCGGGCCCUGGGACCGAAACUCCUCAGCUCCUCAAAUGAGCUGGUUACUCGUCCUCUCCCUCCAGGACCCCUCUUUCCUCAUGAAACUCCCCCUACUCAGAGUCAACAGAUCCAGCCUCCGGUGGCACCACAGGCUCCCUCCUCCAUCCUGCUGGCAACAGCCCCCAUUCCCAUCCUUAGCCCUUGCAGUCCCCCUAGCCCUCAGGCCUCUUCCCUCUCUGGCCCCAGCCCAGCUUCCAGUCACCUGUCCAGCUCUUCACUGUCAUCCCUGGGGGAGGAUCAAGACAGCGUGCUGACCCCUGAGGAGGUAGCCCUGUGUUUGGAACUCAGUGAGGGUGAGGAGACUCCCAGGAACAGCGUCUCUCCCAUGCCAAGAGCUCCUUCACCCCCCACCACCUAUGGGUAUAUCAGCACCCCAACAGCCUCAGAGUUCACGGGCAUGGGCAGGACCGGAGGAGGGGUGGGGCCUGAGGGGGGAGUCUUGCUGUGCCCACCUCGGCCCUGCCUCACCCCCACUCCCAGCGAGGGCUCCUUAGCCAAUGGUUGGGGCUCAGCCUCUGAGGACAAUGCUGCCAGCGCCAGAGCCAGCCUUGUCAGCUCCUCUGAUGGCUCCUUCCUCGCUGAUGCCCACUUUGCCCAGGCCCUGGCAGUGGCAGUGGAUAGCUUUGGUUUUGGUCUAGAGCCCAGGGAGGCAGACUGCGUCUUCACAGAUGCCUCAUCACCUCCCUCCCCAAGGGAUGACAUCUUCCUGACCCCCAGCCUCUCCCUGCCCCUGUGGGAGUGGAGGCCAGACUGGUUGGAAGAUAUGGAGGUCAACCACACCCAGCGGCUGGGAAGGGGGAUGCCUCCCUGGUCCCCUGACUCUCAGAUCUCUUCCCAGAGAAGUCAGCUCCACUGUCCUGUGCCCAAGGCUGGUGCUUCUUCUGUAGAUUACUCCUGAGCGGUGUCCCUGAGACUGCCCAGACGGGAAUCAGAACCACUUCUCCUGUCCACCCACAAGACCUGGGCUGUGGUGUGUGGGUCUUGGCCUGUGUUUCUCCGCAGUUGGGGUCCACCUUCCCAAGCCUCUGGACACUUCUCCCUCCAGGAUUGUGAAAACAAAUGAAAACAAAAUUAGAGCAAAGCUGACCUGGAGCCCUCAGGGGGCAAAACAUCAUCUCCACCUGAAUCCUAGCCACUGCUUUCUCUUCUGUGCCAUCCACUCCCACUACCAGGUCGCUUUGGCCUGAAGAACAGCCCAGUCUCCUGCUCUCCCCACCCAGUUGGAUCACAGGAAGUAGAGGAGCCAGAGGUGCCUUCGUGGAGAACAACAGUGGCUGCUGGGAGAGGACUGUGGAGGAAGGAGCUUCUCGGAGCCCCCUCUCAGCCUUACCUGGGCCCCUCCUCUAGAAAAGAGCUCAACUCUCUCCCAACUUCACCAUGUAAAGAAAAUAAUUAUGAAUGCCACUGAGGCACUGAGGCCCUACCUCAUGCCAAGCAACGGGUUCAAGGCUGGGUCUAGGGAGGAUGCUGAAGGAAGGGAGGUGUUAGACCAUAGGUCAAAAGCACCAUCCUUAUACUGUUGUCACUAUGAGCUUAAGAAAUUUGAUACCGUAAAAUGGUCAAGACUUGA